CCGUGCGCUACGAUCGCGCGCGCCGGAGCUUCCCUAACCGCUCGAGCCAUGUGUAAUGUUUUCAUCACAGUGGAGACCUGUCAACCAGCUUUCCGACGCGGUAUUAUAAAUCAUGAAUGAAUAGUUUGUCCAGUUGGGACAGUUUUGCGAUUUGACGCUCUUUGGAAAGGACAGCUUUCGCCGGGUGUCCAGUUUUUCUAGCGAGCCUGUGCCGUUGACACUGCAGCGUGCGGGUCCCGCAGUGUGCGAGUGUGUGGUUGAUUAGCGAACGUAAAGACGAGGACGUCAGCUGAGUCGCGUAAACAUUAGCUUGAUCGGGUAAAUCUGAUGAUGGUUUUGCCUACUUCGUAAAUUCCCGUAAAACUCGUGCCUACACACGCAAACAGGAUUCCAAGAUGCGGCGUCUAGUCUUGCUACUUUUGACAGGGGUCGCGUUGGCUGUGGAAGUCCACUUUGAAAAUAAAGAUAGUGGAUUUUUCCUAAAACACACGGCAAGAUGGAACGGGGCCGGUCCUCCACCCGAACCGAUGGGGACGGCUCUACCUGGAGCUCUUUUAUCACUCGACCGGUUUACAGUCUUACAAGGUUCCGCUCCGGCGUCUGUUAGAGCAACUUACGGGCCCUUCUCUACUAAACAAACAGUACCAGCACGAUAUGCUGUACCUGAUCCCCUUGAACCACCGAGAAGAAACGCUAGUUUGGUAGAAUUGCAAGACGCUACAGCACACAGACUUGACGUAUCAGCUCACCUGGUCUUUCGGGAACUACCUAAAGAUGCACCAGUACUUAGGGUUUUGUUUCACACGGGUGGUGAAGGAGGCGCUCGGCGGGCAGCUGCGCGGCCGCGUCGCGUAUGCAUAACCUUACAUGCUAGCAUUGGUACAAAAACAUUGACCGCGACGUGUGGGCCUGAAGGCGAAGAAGGAGCUUGUUUAGCGGAACUAACUGUUCCGGCUGCAUGGUGGCCCGCCGAUGGGAAAGGAAAACGACCGCCAAGAACUAUGAAACUAGCCUACAGUGCAGCAGAAGCGAGCAGCGGCGAGACUGGUGAAGGGGUGUGCGGGAAAGUUUCCGUUCAACCUGCAUGGCCGUUGGGCAUAGUGACUCUGGCGGGACCUCGAGCUGGAUAUAGAGAAGCGCGAGCUGGUGACACCGCUCUUCUACUGCCAAGAGCACCUUUGUAUCCUCACUUCAGAUUACACCUACCUUUCGUCGUUCGCCGCGAUGCUGGUCAUACGAUUGGACAUGUCGUUAUAAGGAUGAAGGUGAAAUCUGGGCUGAGGUUGGUGAGCGUGACAGCGGCCAAUUCUCACUGGGCAGUAACGGCAGAAGUGAAACCGAGGGUUGCUACCGUUACAGCCACGCGACUCGAACAGCCUUUGCGGGACGAUGACAACCUGGAUACAGACGUCGAAGGCAGUAGUGGAGCUGGUGGACCAGGCUGGGAAGAAAUUCUUACCUGGCUGGUAGAAGUUGGAGCCGAGGGUGAGGGAGACGCGGAGGGAUCGGAAGGGGAAUCAGGUCGCGGCACAGCGCGGAUCAGCUGGUCAGCCAAGGUUUCCUCUUCACCAAGUGCCACGUCUACCACGGAAGAAACACCCCAUGAACACCGAGUUAACACCCGACUUGAUAUUGAAAAGGACGACAUCCAGGCCGUACUUCCAAUUUCAAAGAACUGGGAGGUCCUCAACACGGCUGUGCUGACCGGGCGCCAAGUCUCUCAGGCGAUGAAGGUGCUGAUUGUAUCUCAAGCAGGUCAGGUCGCUGACGUCACACUGCAGAGUUCCUGCCACUCGGAGGACGAAAGUGUACUUAAAGUAUCAUCAUCGUGCAGUUCAGUUUACGUUGACGGGUCGGAAAUCCGCGGCUCUUCAAACGCGUCGGUGAUAGUCAAGUACGGCACUUACACCGGCUUGGCGCGGUUCACGGUAUGGAUGCCGGAGUACCCGCUCGAGAUCGACGUUGAUGACAACCGCCUGUCGCAAAUCAAAGGCUGGAAAGUAUCAGACGAAGCGAACUCCAAAGACAGAUUAAGAAGGUCUUUGUCGUCGCGAGGGUGGGGUGGUUCCAGACCCGAUGCCCCCAACUCCCUAACGGAUCAGCGUUCGUGCAGGCUGAGAUAUCAACAAAGCAACGUUGAGGUAUACGCAAGAUUCCUCGCCAAGGACCACGACUCUGGACGCGUCUCAUACUUCGUUUCCCGGCGAACCUGGCUCAAAGUUACCGAGCUUGUGUUAUCUCUAAUGCGGGUAUCCGACCCGCGUAUUGCGUCUCUACGUGAUCGCGUGCUGCAGGGCCGUAGCACGGGCCGCACGGAAGUCCAAGUUCUGUCGCCAAUCACGGGUCGAGUGAUCGGUCUGCGAGAAGUGCGCGUAGUUAACGACAAAGUGUCUAUUUCCCGGCUCUUCGUACGAGUUAUAUCUGGAUUGCAAUUGAAUAUUUCUCCGGAUACCGCAAUCGAAAAUGGAUACGUAUCCGAAACCACAGUGACUAGGCGCUUGACGGCACAAUAUCAGGAGGGAUUACUCGAUAUUGACAUAGAAUUCUCCGACACGACCCGCACGGCGUUGCGUGAUGUCGCCGUGUCUGAUUAUUACUUGCUGGUGGAAAGUUUGGAUACUGAAGUUGUGGCUUUUGCGCCGAUGUUGGCCUCGCGACAUCCACGAGUUAUUGCUGUUGGCGAAGGUAGCGGCGAGCUUCUCCGAGUUACCCUCCUUACACCCGAACAAUGUAGAUCAGGCCCGCUACGUAGAGUGGCACUGCCUGGCAAAGGCGAUGCUAAAACUCCUGCCAAUAUAAAGAACAUACCGGGAGCUCUAGCAAGCGCCGCGGCCAGUGUUGAUGUAGACUUCAGUGGCAGUGACACUCCGCAACGGCCCGAUACUCCGCAAAAUGACGAUAUUAUGGCCCGAGGAGGAGUUAGGACUGGCAUGUCUGAUCUAAGCGACGUACUUAAAGGUUUUUCUCCCUUCAAAGACGAAAACAAUCACGAGCCAACAGUGCAAGCACAACAGUAUGGUUCUAUAUUCAGAAGCAACUCUGCGUUACAUUCAAGACAUUCUCCACAGAACAAUAUGUCAAAAGUUGAAAUUGGCAUGUUCGUUCUACUUGGGGCAUUCUGUUUGGCUAUUGUGGUAUUCGUAGUGUCGUGCGUAGUGUACGCAUACCGGCUGAAACCCGCAAACGCUGAGGCCAACAACGGCAACGCUCGGUCCAUGCCGGCUGUAGCUGAGGGCGGGCGGCUGCAGGUGGCCGGCCUCGUGGGCACCACGCUCGGCCUUGCGAGAGACAAGCCUCCUAGAGAGUCCACCACUAAUGCGCACGAUUGGGUGUGGCUGGGUCGAGCGACUAUCGAAAGAAGUGGAAGCCGUCAUCCCGCCAACAGGAACUCGACACAACCGCCAGCCGACAAGGCCAACAACAACCAAGAGAUGAGGAUCACCGCCAACCCGCUCAACUACAACUACGUCGAUCCGGACGACGCCAUCCGGGAGAACGGGAACGUCAUGGUGACCAGCUUCGACAACCCCAACUCCAUCGAGCUACCCUCGCAGAACGAGAAACGGGAACGGGUCAUCGACUCGACUACGUAUUGCAAGAAGCCAGCAAGGCACAACCGGCAAAACUCCGGAGACGGUCAUUGGCAGAUGGAUACAAGCAACGAGGACGACUACCGACCCCCCGUUCCUCCCCAUAGGAACUCUUCAACGCCACAACCUCAAGUCCCUGUGCCGCCUCGAAAUACCACCAAAAUUUUGCCAGACACCGUCAUGCCUCCUACUAGACGAAGUCAUUCCCGGAAUCACCAUAAGAAACACGAUCGCGAACAUGAAUCCAAACGAUCUCCGGAAAAUGGCCGACGCCCCGACCGAAUUAUUGAUUUGAACAAAGCCGAAUCACCGUACAUGUCAAGCCGCGAAAUUAUGGAUCAAUACAAACGCGACUCAUACCCCCUACAAUUACGAGACGAAUUUGAUGAUAACCCUGUUGAAAAGCUUACCAAUAAAGACGACUGUGCCCGCCUAUUUGAAUUUGACAAUGACGCCCCACUUAUUAUGGAAAAGAAAGACUACAGAGAAAUCGUUGGCCUCAACAGAGGAACUGACGACUCGCGCCGAACUUUUGUAAAACCGGAGAGCCCUGACUACAUGCACGAUUCAGGAAUUGGAUUACCAGAAGUACAAAUGCGACAUAAGAAUAAGAACAAGGAAUCCAACAAUGCUAAAGGUGAUUUCGUCGAGCCAACUACCCAAACCAAAGGAGGCAGCUCGCCGGAGGUGAAGCGCGCCACGAUCGUGGGCAACCCCAUGUACUCGCGCGCAGACGCCGCGCCGCGCGCCGACGCGCCCGAGGCGCUCGGAAUUGACGACCUGCACAUGGACUACGAUCAAAUCAUGCACUAUUUCCACAACCUCAAGGAAUCGAACGCCUGAGUAGAGCAGAUCAUUGCAAAGAUCCGGCAGAUAUUGUCUACGUUUAAAUAUCAGCAUAUCACCAAAGCUCCUCCAAUCGACGUAUUCAAUGCGCCCCCUGAUUCAGCCGGGGCCGGGCUCGGGGAUAGUACUGUUGACGCUCACAACGACAA